CGACGAUCCGUGCUUCUGCCUUCAGCUGGUGUUCAAUUGAGCAGUAGGUUGUCCGUUGAAUGUGCGCGCUUGGCGUAACGAAGCAAAACAGAGGGUACAUCUGACAAGGCAUUUGAUUUUGGUCCUUGGCCUGAUCGUGCUCAAUUGUCGUGUUUCUGGUGCUGGUAUGAGGGCAAAAAACUUCGAGUCAAGAAAAUACUGCACACCCUUUGGCAAGGGCCCAUUCAGUUUAUUGUGACCCUUGCUCAUACGCUGGGGCGCCCUGUUCGGCUCCUAGUCAUUUGUUUUUGCGGGACGCCUCAGAGGCAACCCGGAUCAGUAUUCGUUUUAACCGAUUUUAACCAUCUGGGGGAAAGAUCGUGCAGUGAUGCCGGGUAUACUGGAGAAAUUGAAGUCCCUGAAGCACCUCAACGUUGACAGAGAAACAGAGGCGAGCGAGGAUGUCCAGCAGACUCCAUCGGAUCCAUCCGUCAGGAAGGCGGAAGCACUGCUUGACGGGCGUGGAUCUGGCAGUCCCUCCCACCAGGCGUGCCAGGCAGACUGCGACGUGUAUCAGACGCCGACCUGCCAGGCAGUGAGGGCUGCGGAGGCUGAUGUUGGGGAGCUGCCAGACAGGGGCCGCACCAUCAGCUUCAUGGCGGCCCUGACCAGCAGGAUCUCCAGGGCAGCCUCCUUCCACAGCGACCUGCAGAAGCUGGACACCAGCGCCCCCCCUCGCGCGCGCCAGCUGGCCUUCAGCAAGUCGCAGCCGGACCUCAAGGCCGCCGCUGCCGUGGGUGCGCCCCCCGCCGGACUGGUGGUCCUGGGCAAGGAGGCGCGCCGCAGGAGCCGGCGCUACGUGCAGUCCGAGGACGGCACACUCAUCACCGCGCACCAGCCAGAGGCGUCGGCUGCAUCGGCGCCGAGCAGGGGAGUGGAGAGAUCGGCUGUGAGCACAUCGGGCCUGUACAGGGUGCUGAAGCCCAUCAUCAGGUCCCCCUUUGCUGAUGGGGCGCUCCAGGAGUGGCAGGGGCCCAGCAACCCCAGCGUAGCGCUGCCAGCCGAGGCCCCACAGGCUGCCCAGCCGGGCAGCCCUGAGCAGCCUGGCAGGGUUCGCCGCCGCAUCAGCAGAAAGAUCUCUGCCUGCAAACUGGUGAUCUCAACGGACCCUCUGGAAGAGAAGCCGGGAGACAUAAUGCUCGAUCCUGAAGUGGUGGAGUUUACGUCUGGUGCCCUAGCGGCACUGGGCGGGCACUACACUGGAGAGAUUCAGUUCAGCGGCAAGAGCGCGCGCGUAGCACGCCGGCUGUCUCAGAGGGCUACAAUGGGUCAGGAUGGGCAGUCAAAUGCCUUUGUCGGGGUGACAGCUUGAUAUGACACGAGCAGCGUGCUCUGGUAUUGCCGUGGAGCGUGGUGAGAGCGAUCAAGACCUGCACACUUGAUCAGGGUGCAGCAUUGAGCGCUGGUAUUUGUAGCAUGUAGAUACUGUAGCUAUGAUAAUAGCAUUUGACGAUUUUGGCAAGUCUGCACCUGUCAUAAGUCAUCCUUGAUGUGAUGCACCAUGCAGUCAUUUGGAUCUUGAGACUGAAAGACAGUUUAUCUGUAUGAUUCAUGCAUGGAGAAGUAAAUGAGGAUUCCUCAGUAGAAAGGCAUUUGUGCUGGACCGUGUCCAUGUGUUGCUUGGGCUGGGGGAUGACAUCAUCAGAGGCGUGAAUGUCUUGACAUUAAUUAGCGCAUUUAGGCAUGUAUUUCUGGUUUUGGUCUGUAAUUUUCUGUAACGAACGACCAUUUUGAAACUCUCGGAG